GUAUAAUUAUAUAAGUUAUCAUUAUAAACAAUUUUAGGCAAGCAAUUUACCAAAAAUGACAGAAGAAAAUGAGUUGUUGAAAGCGACAAAUGCCGUGUACCACGAAGAUUUUGAUAAGGAGAGAUUCGAAAAGGAAGACAUUCAAUCCAUAAGAGAGCACGAGAGAGGCCAACUGGCAGAGCUACAGCGCCAAAUCCAAUUGUUAACAGAGCAGGUAUUGUACAAGAAUUUAGUCUGCUGUCCGCAGCAAGAUGCACCGGUUGUCACCCAAAAUGUUAAGCUCUUUGAUUUAGUGAAACGGAAAAACAACAACAUGCAGCUAUUUCGCUCAAAUAAGUUGUAUUGUAUCCAGAAAGGGCUUACUUAAUUUAUGAUGUUUUAUAAAGUGGAUAAGAUUUCCAUGCGAUGUUGACUGAGUAUUUCCAACCUUUCAUAUGGGUUCCCUCCAAUUUUAGCUUCCCAGGUGAAUGUAUCUUGUGACUAAUUUUGCAUGUAAUUUCUCUGAGCAAGUUUUUGUAUCAAGUUAAUAAAUAAACAAUACUUUAAUUUCUCUUUUUUUACCACACACCUUGCUUUCUGAUCAUUUAUACACUGUAUCAUAUUUAUAUUUUAUUUUAUUUUAAAUAUUUUAGCUUGACAAUGAGCGGCUCCAGCGAGGCAGCGAAAAUCAACGUCUCGGAGAGUUGGAGAGAGAGAAUAUAUCUCUACGAGCACAGGUAGGAGUCUUUACAUACUACACGCGAAUAGAAUGCUCGAAAAUAACAAUAUAACUUUUGUAGACGUAUUUGUAUACCCACGUGUACUGUACAUUUCUCAUUACUUGCCUCUUAACUGUGUUUGAUAAAAAUUGUCGCUAAUUGGUAGAAAUCUCGAUUUUAUACUUUACAAAUGAGAACUGGGAAUUCGUCAUAUUCUUUAUUUGAGCUUGUUGAAUGGUCUUUAUCGGCUUCAGAGAAUCUUCAAACAUUUAUCCAAAUUUAUAUCUGUAAGGAUCACUAUACAAGAACAGAGCUUGUAGUUUUUAUUAUCUCUAAACUGUUAAAUUUUCUUUCAUUUUCCAACAUUCCAUGUUGUAUGAAAUUACUAAUAAAAUAAACAAUACUUUAAUCCAAUAAGUACUAUUUACAUGUACACCUUGCUUUCUGAUCAUUUGUACACUGUAUCAAUGUUGUAAAUAUUUUAUUUUAAAUCUUUUAGCUGGACGAUGAGCGGCUCCAGCAAGACGUUGAAAAACAACGCUUGGAGGGAGAAGUUGCAUCUCUAAAACAACAGGUGGGAAGCUUUAAAUAUUACACGCGAGAAGAAUGCUUCAAUAACUUUCGUAAUAUUAGCAAUGUAAUUAACUACUUGUUGUACACUUUCAACGCAAAUUCGGAAAUUAAGUACAUGCAAGAAGCACAUAGACUCAAAAAGUGCACAUGUGUUAUCAUCGAAGCGCGUUAUUUUUCCAUGUACAGCGUAUAUUAUUAAGAAGUAAUAGUAUGGUUUCUCGUGCAUUUUGGAAAACAUACACUCGUGAGUUUUUCAAAGACGUCAAAUUGCACUCGAAUUACGCGUAACAUAUAAUAAUAAGCCAUCAGCUUUUCAACUAAACAACAGACGUUACCGUUUGAACUCUUGCCCAAUAUUGGCAUCGUUUUCAUGUCGUUUAUUUCUUAACGUUUCGCGCACGUGUGGUCAGGCUCACGAUCAACGAGAAACGUACAUGUGCGCCUGCCACACCCAAACAACACAUUCUUAACAAGAAAAUUCUUUUUAAGAAAAAUUUCUUGUUUUGAGAAAUUAUUUUCUUAAAAUAAGAAAUUAUUUUCUUAUUUCAAGAAAACUUUUUUCUUGGGAGAAUAACAGGAAAGUUUUCUUAAUUAAUAAGAAAAAAAAUUUCUUGAUUUGAGAAAAUAUUUUCUUAAAAUAAGAAAAUAUUUUCUCAAUUUAAGAAUUUUCUCUCAAGAAAAUUUUCUUAAUAAGAAAAAAUUUCUUAAGAAAAUUUUCUUAUUAAGAAAAUUUUCUUGUUAUUCUCCCAAGAAAAUAUUUUCUUAUGCCAAGAAAAUUUUCUUAAAUUUUUUUUCUUAAAAUAAGAAAAUGAUUUUUUGCUGUGCAAUGCCAUGCUGGCAAAAGUGUAAUAAACGGAAAAUCUGUUGAAUUGUUGUUGUUCAUUUCGGGUCACUUUUCAAUGCGCGGUUCCCAAGUUGUUGUAAAUAUUCCCAACCGCAUUUCUAAAUUUAAAAUAUUGGGCGUGGAAGUUGCAGAGCCAACUUCGCAAGUUGCUUACUAAAGUACCGAAAUACUGAACAUAAACUCGUAAUUUUUCUGAGCAAGUUUUUGUAUCAAGUUAAUAAAUAAAAAAUUAUUUAAUAUCUCUUUUCUACAGUACCACACACUUUGCUUUCUGAUAAUUUGUAUAUUGUAUCACAUAAGUAUUUUAUUUUAAAUAUUUUAGCUUGACAAUGAGCGGCUCCAGCGAGGCCGCGAAAAUCAACGUCGCGGAGAGUUGGAGAGGGAGAAUAUAUCUCUACGUGAACAGGUAGGAGUCUUUACAUACUACACGCGAAUAGAAUGCUUGAAAAUAACAAUAUAACUUUCGUAUUUAUACGCACAUGUAAAGUAAAUUUCUGAUUGCCACUGGACCGUGUUUGGUAAAAAAUUGAUGCUAAUUGGUACAUGUGAUGACAGUUUAAAAUUUGCACUACUCAGUCUAGUACUCUAAAUGUAAAAUACACCGUCAUCAAAUUCACCCCAUCAACUACUGAAUUCUACGCCGUCAAAUACUUGCAAAACCCAG